AUGACUCCUGCGACCGAAGCCUCUCUCUCCGCGGUCGCGGGUCAGAGAGAAGCCGCUUCUUCCGCUGUUCAAGAAGGGCCCUCUUCAGAUUUUUUGAGAGAGAUCCCCGACCUUGCGCCUGGCUGCUACCGCCUUCUCAAGACUCUGGUUCGGCGCUCAGUCGCAGAGCCGGAAUGGCGCCAGCGCGUGGCGACCAGCCCCGCAGCGGUGUCGAGCCUGCUGGCCUGCGGCGCGUCGCUGCUUCGCGCCCUCGCAGUGGACCAGCAGCUGCGCCAGAGGCGGAGAAAGGCGGCGGCCUCCUCUCGCGCGCAGAGCGGCUCGGCGAAGCGCGAAGAGACGGAGGCGUGUGCGCAAGCAGCUUCCGCAGCGGGCGAGGCCGGCGGCGACGCGCCUGGCUGCUUGAAUGUGGCCUCGGAGCCUCGCCAAGUGCUGGCGCCCGUCCCGAAUUCGCCGCCUUGCGCCGCGCCGCUGGCGCUGCUGGCUGAGGUCUCGGUGCUGCUUCGCCUUCUGCGGAAUCUGUGCGUCGAGGGGCGCACCGCGCAGGACGUCCUUCUGGCUCGGGGGGCCCCGGAGCUCUUCCUCUCCAGUUCGCACGUGCUCAUAGAGGCGUUGAGCCACUCGGCGUCUUCCUGUCGAUGCCCUUCUGCGGAGCAAGGCGCGGAGGAAGCUGCCUCGCCAGACUGCGCGGCGAGCGAGCAAGCGGCGCCAGGCGGGACGAGGAGUCUGUCUCCUACCGGCGAAGGAGCUGAGGCCCGGCAGCUGGCGCCCGCGACAGCACAGCGCGCCCGUGGAAGCCAGGAGGCGUGUGGGGUUUUGGAGCCGGACUGCGAGAAGGACGGGAGGGCGGUGACGGCCUCGCUGCUUCAAUUUUUGAGCAAUCUGUCGGUGAAGAACGACUGCGCCCGGCUGCGUGUUCAGCAAAGCGUCCUGUUCCUGCCACUGCUGCAGCUCGCACUCGCCGCCCCGUCUGUUGCACCUGCUUUCAUGCUUCUCAACACGCUCUACCAGGGCGACGCCCAGGCAGCGGCCGGGACGGGGGCAAACGAGGCGCGCAGCGCUCGGCGGGGCGGGCGGAUACCCGACGGGUGCCUGGAGACAGGCCCGCGGUGCCGCGGAGACUCGGGAGACGUGGAAGGGGUCUCCCGCGGGGCGGCGCGACUUGCGACGGUCGACUCGAAGCCGUUGUCCUCUGCCGGAGAGGGGGACUCGCGCUUUUUCGAGCUUCUGGCUGCCUUAUACACCGUGGCGACAACCGAAGACGCAAGACAUCUGGACGCGCGACAGCGUAGCAGCGGCCUCCCCGGGGAGCAGGCCUGCGCAGAGGCGAACGGCGCGCAGGCGCGUUCAGGGGAUGGGAGGUCGCCCGCUGAAGCGCCCAGUGCGGCGGGAGCAAGCCUCAAAACGACUCGACUGGGGCACUCUUCAGCGGAGUCUGUGCAUCUGGAAUGGCCUAGUUUGUUUCUUCUGCAGUUGCUGCGCACGGAGUCAGACGGGAGUGUCUUUUUCCAGUUUUUGGAGAGCGUCCAGUCCGACUUUUCCGUAGACACGUUGGAACGCUUCGCGAUUCUCCUGUUGGCGCCGCCCGCGCCCGCGCAGGAUAAGGCCAGCUGGAAGGCGAUUGAGAGGAGCUUAGAGCGUGAAGGCGCCCGCAUGGCGUCGAGCGGCUCUGUCGCUGACGGAUGUCUUUCUGAGGACUCCGCGCGGCAUCCAGGGGAGAAAGAAGACGCGCAUGACGAAAUUCAGGCCUUCUGCGACCGACCGUGUCGAGCGGCGUACAUCCAGCAGCUUGUGAGAAGCAAGCUAUCCGGAGUCGGGCAAAGCGGACUGCUUCAGUUCCUCUUGGUUCUCUUUGAGGCGUUGUUGGACGAUAGUGAAAAAGACCGAUCGCAGCAGGAUACGGCGCCCGCCUCGAGCCGUCCUGUGACGCUGAAAACGAGACUCAGUGCUAGCCCGGCCUUCUACGCCUUCAUGAACGGGCAGAUUCGGCGAGCGCUUGCGGGUGUCGCGAAGCUAAGGAAGUGCCGCGGCUUCAUCGAAGAGCAGUGGACGCAGGGCGACGCCGCGACGAUAGCUCAGCUGGCGCAUGCUGCCCUUCAGGGCAGUCGCCCCGAGGACGCAUCUACGUUCUCUCAGUUCUUUUUUCGUUCGCUGCUUCGACUGAUUGACGAAGGACAAGCGCUGGAGCCUGUGCCCUCUCCCGCCGUGCCUCAGCCGGCUGUAGCGCGCGACGACCACACGACCGGCAGCUCGAUUCCGAACCGCGGCUUCGAGUCGUCGCCUUGCUCAGCGGUUUGUGCGGGCGUGGACGCGAGGGUGCGUCAGGGAGGAGACACGGCCGCGGCCAGCAGAGAGUCAGUGUCUUCUGGGAAUCCGGUUGCCGUUCUGCAGUGCACCGAGGGGCUGAGUCCAGCAGGGCGAGGGGAGGCGAACUGGCAAGUAAAUGGGACAGCGGCUGGGGGCCCGCCAGUCGACCUCCUGCUGUUUGCGUCAAAGGUAAGGGACUCGAGUCUCGCGCGGGGCUCUCAGGCCUGCGGGCGCUCGACGGCGACGGGCGUCGACAGCGGGGCUGAACUGGAGGAAGCGCGGCAGAAAGGCGGGAGGGAGUCCCAAGUCCUCAAGUCCUGCGCAUCGGCUUCGAACUCUCAGGGCACGCCCCCUACGGUACACGCGCAAGAUGACGGCCGCGCGAACCCAGGUUCGAACCCCACGGAGGCUGUAGAACAGGAGACUGAGAAGGUCGUGGACGCGAUUGUGUCGCUCCUGCGCCUUUGUCAACAACAGCGCAUCCUGGCGCUCAUGCGCUCGUCUGACACAGACGUGACGGGGGAGAGGCCAGCUGAGGCCUCGAAGCAUUCAUCGCGUGGACAGGCGCGGGCAGAUCGCCAGGAUGUUCGCCCAGACACACGCGGGUCCGAACACUCCGAGCCGCAGCAAGAGUCUGCUGCGUCGUUGCCGGGCGUGGGGACGGCGGAGGCCUCGGUGGACAAGGCCACGGUGAUGGCGCGUGAAGGUGACGCCCAGAUCUGGGGACUGCUUCAAAAAGGGAUGAAAAGUGGGGUCCUCUUGCGCGCACUCGCGAAUCUCCUCGCCGAGUCUCCACGUGCACAACACGCUGCGCUCGAGGCACAAGGUACACCCCACAGUCGCCUGAGCAGCAUUGUAUUUGAAGUGAUCACUUCUGAGACAGGGUUAUUUAUUAUCAGCUUGUCCUGGGGAGCGCUAGCAGCCAGAUAA